GUUAGUGCCUCUCAAAUAAUGUUACUGGUUCAGCAUCUCUUUUUGAACUAUUUUAUUAAUAAAUUAAUCUAAGUUUUAUUGGCUUUACGUGUCUUAAUUAUAUAUUAUAGUUUAUUUUUUUCAAUAACCGUAUAACCAGCUAGGCAUUCCUUUAUUUGUAUUUAACAAUAGGAGAUGAAGUGCUCAGAAGACUGAAGUGCAAUAAUUAUUAUCCGCAAAUACAUAUAAUAUUUAAAGAUGAUUUUUAGAACAAAAGUGAACGAUAUAAUAUAUAUUUAGUGUAGUUUCUCGUGGUGGUGUUUGCGAGCGUUAACCAAAAUGUCUCUGAAUAAAUUAUUAUUCUCGUUUAAAUAACAAGUACCCCUCCGAAAUAAUGCGACGACAGAGUCAUCAAAAUAUCCAAUCGCAAAUACAAAACAGCGAUGACGAAUGUAGUGACUCUAUAUCUAGCCCAGCUCAAAUUCUAGAAAGAGUACAAUCGGAUAAAGUGAUUCUGACAAAACCGGAAGAAGAUCGCAGAAGGCGAACGAUAAUUGUCGAAAAAAAGAAUGGGAAUUUUGGUUUUACGAUUCAGAGUUACGGGAUACAUUACAAAAAAGAGAAGGAAAUCGAAAUGAUAACAUAUGUAGACUAUGUAGAUUAUGAUGGACCAGCUUAUAGGGCUGGAAUGAGAGAGGGUGAUGUUAUUCUAUCCAUAAACGGAACAGAUAUGGAAAAAUCUGAUCAUAAAACUUUAGUAAAUUUUAUUAAAAAUUGUGAAUCUCGUAUGAGAAUGGUUGUUUUAUUUGAAGAUUGUGUUAGGAAGGUAGAACUCCAUAUGCGUUAUAUUAAGUUGCAAAAUAUAUUAGAAAGCAAAAUGGAACAGUUAGAGCGAUUAUGCAUCAAAGAAAGACAACUUCUGGAAGGAAAGUGGAAAACGCACAGUCUCCCAGCUAGAAAAAAAGCACAAAGUAACAACAGCGGACCUUCAAAUUCUCAAGGGUAUUAUACAUUUUGUAGACCAACAGUUUCAACAGAAGAUGUCGCAAAAAUAAUCCAGUGCAAACAACAACCAACACCACCAUUAGUUUUUGCUUAUCAGUACUUGGAUAGUACUUACCGGUACAUGUUGCAACCUUCUAGCAGUUCUAGUGGAGAAUAUUUAUUAACCUAUGAGCCACAACGAUGCAGAAACAAAAGAGAUGAAAGUUUUAUAGUUAAAACUCCUUGUGAUCCUACUCCUCAAAAACAGCAAUCAAAAUUUCAAAGUAGUUCAGAAAAGUCAAAGAAGGGACACGGACCGUGCCAUAGUUAUAGUGGUCAUUUAUGUAAUCCUUGUAUAAAAGCGAAUCCUAAUAACGGAGACAAUACGAGUUUAGAGGCCUACGAUUUAGCAAGCCCUUGCUGUAAUUCUCACUGUGUUCCAGUCAGAAGAAGAUCGAGAAGUCAAAAAGACUCCCAUUCUAGAAAAAAGGAAUCAAAGACUGAAGAAACUCAGACUGAACCUCAACAAAUUUCCCGAUCGAGGCCUCAUUCCCAAAUCACUCCGACGUCCUCGACAGGAAACAGCCAUAUUUACGCAUCAAUGCCUCGACGCUAUUUUAAUAUAAGCAGUGCUUUAGUUAGUCAGUGCAGUCUUCAUUCCUGUACUUCUAGUGAAAUUAGCAACGUAAUGCCAACAACAGUAGGCGAUAGCAGUGCUAAUAGUUACACGACAUCAUUAAGUACAGAUACGUUAUAUUGGGACGGUUCCUGUGAUACUACUCCUAAACAAAUGAGCCAAAAAGGAAACUUAAAUAAGCAUGAGCCUACUCAAAGAUACUCACAACACUCACAAUAUUCCCAUGAUCCAGUUUAUAUGCCGUAUAAUCAAGUUAAGCCUAAAUCUUGGGAUAACUUAACAAAUAAAUCUUUUGGAGGAUAUGGAUUUGGGUAUCAGGCAAAUAUUUCUCGUAAUCCUCAAAAGCAACCUCAAACGACGCUGCAAUACGUUAGAGUUGAUAAAACUACUCAAUAUACUCCGCAUACUCAGAGGCGAUAUUUUCAAUCAACUAAAUCGACUGAAAGUUUAUUAUCCGUUUCAAACUAUCCCAGUGAAACUUUGGCAGAUUCAAGUGUCAGUUGUGAAUGUUUGGAAUCGACUACACCUGAUAUGGGCGAGACUCGAUUAUUUCAGAGUCCCCGACCGAGCGAUGUGAGCCCUACAGAUUCUAAUUUUGGUUACUACAGUGCCCGUAGACGAUCUUCGAGAAGUGAAGGACUGAAUAAAACUAGUUCCAAUUCGGAAGCAACUAGAUUAUGAGUUGUUAAUGGUUUGAUGUUGUUAAGGUCAAAAACAAUAUGAACAAACGUAACAUAAUAAUUUAUACGCUUUUUUAUAUCGAGUUGCUUAAUAGAUAAUUAAAAAUUUCAUAUAAUACAUACAGAGCUGCAAUAAGUCAGAUUCAACAUGACUUAAAAGUCUUAAGUCAUUUCUAAAAUCAAAUUGAUUUAAAUCUUAAGUCGAAUUCAACAUAAAGUUUAAAUUAUUUAAAUUUUAAGUCAUUGACUAAAUCGUUUUCUUUCUAGUCAAAUCAUUUUCGUAAAGACUUAAAAUCAAUUUAAUGUAAUUUAGAUACUUUUUAUGACUUAAGUCUAUAUUUUUAUUUAAAUCACGAUGAUCUGCGAGUUAAGUCGACAAAAUGACAAAAAUCAUAAUAAUUAUAACAUCAAGUCAAUAAAGCCAAAAUUCAAUUUAAGUACCUAUUUUUAAUUUUAAUAUAAAUUUUCUUGUAUUAGCGAUUAGCCUUUUUCUUAGUACCUAUAUUAAUUUAUUGUAGGUACAAAUGAUACUAAAACCACAUAAAAUAAAACGGUUAACUUUCAAAAUAACUACAAACACAAAAAUAUGUUUUCUUUAAAUUAACCCAUUUUGUAUGACUUAUAUAUGCAGGGGUGGAUGGGAAAGUGGAAACCGGCCCGGGAAAAACAGACAACCGGCCCAAAUCCAUAAAAACAAAAUGACCAUAACGAGAAACAUA